CAAAUUGGCUGUAGAAAAUACCAUAAAUAAGAAUGGUUCAAAUGAAAAAGUAUUAAAUGUUCCAUUUUAAAAAAAAUCUUUUUGUUGAGACUUGCACGUCAUCUCUAUCGUUUCUUAAUCUUUAUCCCACAUAUAAUGGAAUUAGCCCCACAAAACAUAAUCUCUCUCAUUAAUCUUUGUUUCCUCCAAUCUCUCUGUUGCUCUCUGUCUCUGUCUCUCUCACACUGAUCAGCCAUGGGAGACGAACCACUUCUUCAGAAAGCCAGGAUUCAAGAAGACAUUGAAUCAGAUAAAGGCAUUGGUGUAAAUGACAGCGACGGUGACGGUCCCGUUACUUUAAUUCUACUCUUCACAACCUUAACUACUCUCUGCGGUACCUUCUCCUAUGGCACUGCCGCCGGCUUUACAUCACCAGCUCAAACCGGGAUUAUGGCAGGACUUAACCUCUCUUUGGCUGAGUUCUCAUUCUUUGGAGCUGUCUUAACAAUUGGUGGACUUGUGGGAGCCGCGAUGUCGGGAAAACUUGCUGAUAUCUUUGGUCGAAGAGGCGCUUUGGGGGUUUCAAACUCGUUUUGCAUGGCCGGCUGGCUUAUGAUCGCCUUCUCUCAGGCGACUUGGUCCCUUGAUAUCGGAAGACUUUUUCUCGGGGUCGCAGCUGGCGUAGUCUCUUAUGUGGUACCAGUCUACAUUGUUGAAAUCGCGCCCAAAAAGGUCCGAGGCACGUUCUCUGCGAUUAACUCGCUCGUGAUGUGUGGUAGCGUCGCCGUCACAUACCUCCUUGGAUCAAUCAUUUCAUGGCAAAAAUUAGCUCUCAUAAGUACGGCUCCUUGUGUUUUUGAAUUCGUCGGUUUAUUCUUCAUACCGGAGUCUCCUCGGUGGCUGUCUAGAAACGGUCGGGUGAAAGAAUCGGAAGUUGCACUCCAACGCCUACGAGGAAACAACACUGAUAUCACUAAAGAGGCUGCAGAAAUCAAAAAAUAUAUGGACAAUCUUCAAGAAUUCAAAGAAGAUGGUUUUUUCGAUCUCUUCAAUCCCCGAUACUCUCGUGUCAUUACUGUGGGAAUUGGAUUGCUAGUACUACAACAACUCGGAGGUCUCAGUGGCUAUACAUUUUACUUGAGCUCCAUUUUCAAAAAAUCAGGGUUUCCUAACAACGUAGGAGUAAUGGUUUCGAGCGUGGUGCAGUCCGUGACAAGCGUUUUAGGAAUAGUAAUCAUAGAUAAAUAUGGAAGACGAUCCCUUUUAACGGUUGCGACUGUCAUGAUGUGUUUGGGGUCAUUAAUUACAGGACUAUCGUUUUUGUUUCAGAGCUAUGGUUUACUUGAACAUUACACACCAAUUUCAACAUUCAUGGGAGUGUUGAUUUUUCUAACUUCGAUUACAAUCGGAAUAGGAGGCAUUCCAUGGGUCAUGAUAUCCGAGAUGACACCGAUCAAUAUAAAAGGAUCAGCAGGGACGCUAUGCAAUCUAACUAGCUGGUCCAGCAAUUGGUUCGUCUCUUACACAUUCAACUUCCUCUUCCAGUGGAGCUCUUCUGGUGUGUUUUUCAUAUAUACAAUUAUAUCGGGUGUGGGCAUCCUAUUUGUGAUAAAGAUGGUACCAGAGACUCGAGGUCGUUCGCUCGAAGAGAUUCAAGCUGCCAUUACUCGAUAACUUUGUAAAAUAUCAAUAUUUCUUUUAUUUUUACUUGGUGUCAAAUUCAUAUAAUUGUAUACAUGGCCUCCCUCACUUAUCAAUUAAUUCAGAAUUGUUUGUCCCA